CGUGCUCCGGCACUCGACAGCAGCCUCGUUGGUUUUUCCUUGUGCGCCCGCCCGGGUCCAUCCAACCAGUCAGUCUUGCGCCGCCUGCAGUGCAGUACGUACAAGCGCCAUCCCAGCCAAGCAACACACCUGCGUGCUUCCGGAACCCUCUCGUUGAUGCCGGGAGACAAUCAGAGACCCAAUGGCUCUGCUGCUGCCACCCAGCCGCUCUCCCAGUCGCCCGACGUAGCCCUUGCCCCCAACAAAUCCACUUCCUCAAACACCAGCUCCCCGUCCAAGGAUCCCAGAAUCCAAAAGCUUCCAAAAGAUCCGAAAGACCCCAAGGACCCCAAGGACAGGCAGCCCAAGCGUCCCUCCAUCACCUCGGCCUCCGAUGCUGCCCCCUCCAAAAGUCCCAAGAAGCGUCGAAAGGUCAAUCAUGCGUGCAUUUACUGCAGACGCUCGCACAUGACAUGCGACCUGGAACGCCCGUGUACGCGGUGUAUCAAACGAAGUAUUGGACAUCUAUGUCAUGACGAGCCUCGAGAGGCUCCCAAAAAGUCCAAAUCCGAACCGAGGAGUGCCAACGAUGACAAAGAUGGCUCCAACCACGCGACUGCGUCUUCGGAUCAAGCUGUCAAUGUCCUCAGCCAGCAGCCUCCCGCAGCUCCCGAUACAGGGCUCAACCUUGCGCCGCCUCCUCUACCUCCUAACAGAGGUGCCAGCGCAGCAUCCAUGGCCCAGCCUUCAUCCGCACCCGCGCCACAGCUGCCUGCUCAAAACUCAUCUGCCUUGAACUACAAUGACUGGACUUCGUCAUCCCAGAACCGUCUGCGAGAUAUGCAUCAGUUCGACCCUUCUUAUAUGUUCAGCACCUCCGAGAUUUCCAAUGAAUACAACCUGAUCAACGACUUUCUGAACAGCAAUCUCAUGGAUGACAACAGCUUCUACAAUGGUGGUGAUUUCCACCAACUCUUUUCCGAUGCCUCUUUGCUCAACCCCAUUGGUGGAUCGCUCACCAACAGCACACCUUUCAAUUCAACUGUGCCCAAUGCCACCCAAUUGUUACCGCCACCAGCCCAAGCCUCCUCUAGCACCUCCAUGCAACGGCCUUCGAGCAGUUUGCCCCUCGAUAAGGCUCGAGAAAAAUACUACAUGACCGCCGCGGACCCCGCAGGCACCGACAGUCCCGAAGAGCGGAUGAACAAGCUGCUCAAGGCGAAAAUGGAUGCAGGUCUGCUGAAGCCGUUCAAUUACGUCAAGGGCUAUGCCCGAUUGAGCCAGUACAUGGAAUCGAACAUGCAACAGAUUUCACGUGUGCGGAUUCUGCGGCAGCUUGACAGAUUCCGACCAAAGUUUCGCGAGCGAGCCCAGAAAUUAACAGACAUGGAACUGGUGCGUGUUGAAAUGUGGUUUGACAAAAGCUUGAUGGCCUACGAUCGCGUAUUUGCCAGUAUGGCCAUCCCUGCAUGCUGCUGGCGACGGACGGGAGAAAUUUAUAGAGGCAACAAAGAAAUGGCACGCUUGAUUCACGUGCCAAUGUCCAAACUGCGAGACGGCAACAUCGCCAUUCAUGAGAUCAUCGCCGAGCCUUCGCUGGUGUCCUAUUGGGAGAAGUUCGGAGCCAUCGCAUUCGACAACUCGCAAAAGGCCAUCCUGACUAGCUGCUCUCUCAAAAACCCUGAUCCAAAGUCCAAGGAUCCCGAAAUUCGAUGCUGCUUCUCGUUUACCGUCAAACGAGACAUGUACGACAUCCCUGCAUUGAUCAUUGGAAACUUUUUGCCUAUCCUAGACCCUAGUCCUCCAAUACCUACCACCACAAGCUCAUGA